UAUUUUGAGAUGGAUUAGUUAAGAAUUUGAUAAAUUGGUAAAUGAUUAAAAGCAUUUUUGGAGACACUAGAAAACAGAAAACAAAAUGAAGAAAACUGUUGAAAAAAAUGACGCAAGGUCGGAGUUGUAUAGUUAUACUUUGCGAUAGUAGUACAUUGUAUAUGAUUAAUGUUUAUGUUCAAAACUGUGGAUUUUCUUUUAUUCAUCUCAGAGAAACAUGUUUUUACGGUUUAUAUUUACAACUGCACAACAUGGAAAAUUUUGAUGUGUUGUCCCGGAUACCAGACGAUAAAGAACUGAGUUUAGUAGCUAACGAAAUUGGUAACGGCUGGGAGUUGCUUGCAGCAAGCCUUGGCCUAUCCACUCCUUUUGUUCAAAGACUAAAGAUUGACCACAAUGGGGAUUCAAGUCAACAAAUCUUCCAUAUGCUAAUAAAAUGGAAACAAGCAAAGGCUAUGGAUGCCACGUUCAGAAAUCUUUUUAAAGAAAUGAAAGCUUCCUUAUCAGUUGAUUUCCAUGAAAUUUGUACUAAGUUGAAAUUUCCGACCGGUGUUCUUGACAAACUUGAACAGCGGAGGUUGGUUGCCAGCAUUGAUUUUGGCACAACAAAUUCUAGCUGGGCAUAUUCCUUUGAUACGGAGUUUGUCAACAAUCCGACAAAGAUUGUCACAAAGCAGUGGGGAAAAGCACACAUUUUGAAUGACAAAGAACCUACCUCUAUUUUGAUCAGUGGAGAUGGUUUGACUUUUGAAGCCUUUGGUAAUGAUGCAGAAAAGAGAUAUUCAAAUCUUGCGGGCGAUGGCAAACACAGAAACACAUACUUUUUUUCAAAUAUGAAAAUGUUCCUUUUCACGAAUAAGCAGGUAAUCGAUAAGGACAUGAAAAUCAAAGAUACGUUCAACAAUGAAUUGCCUGCUCAAAGAGUUAUAUCAAUGGCGCUCAAAUUUCUAAAAGACGACUUGAUGAAAGAUGUAAGAAGCAGGAAUAGUACACAAAUCCACAACAAUGACGUUCUUUGGGUACUGACAGUGCCAGCUAUAUGGAGUGACCAAGCAAAAUGUUUCAUGCGGGAAUGCGCCGUAAUGGCGGGUAUUUUAAAUGAAAACCUCAUACUUGCAUUGGAACCAGAAGCGGCAUCAAUGUUUUGCCGAAAUAUAUCUGUUGAAAAAACAAUUGGGUCUGGUGAAUCAUCUGUUUCCUCAUUCAAGCCCGGAGAAACGUAUAUUAUUUUGGACGCCGGAGGUGGAACCGUUGAUAUAACUGUACACACAGUUUUGGAGAAUGGCAAAUUGAAAGAGAUGCAUACACCUAGUGGGGGGAACUGGGGCGGACGAAGAGUUGACGAGGCAUUCGAGGAACUAUUGGACGCAACUUUGGGCUGUGUUGGCAUCUUUGAUCACUUAAAACAAGGAAACAUGGAGGAUUAUUUGGAGUUCAGACGCAGGUUUGAGAUUCUUAAAAGAGAGAUAUCCCCAAACCAACAGGCUGAUAGUGUUCUUUCGUUCCCAUACAGCUUCAUUGGGCUCGUCAAGGAUACAACGGGGAAAUCGAUAGAAGAACUUAUGGAUACACCACAAGUUAAAAGUCGAUUGACAUUUGAUCAAGGACGCUUGUCAAUUAAAGCUGCAAUAAUGCAGGAUUUAUUUUCUAUGUCUAUCAACAAUAUUGUGCACUCACUGUGUGACAUUGUGUGCAAUAUUCCGCCAUGCAAAGCCGUUGUAAUGGUCGGUGGCUUCUCAAAAUCGCCAAUGCUACAAAGUGCAGUCAGAUCGGCGUUUCCUAACAUCGGGGUGAUCUUACCAAGUGAGACUGGCCUAGCAAUCAUAAAAGGAGCUGUUAUUUUUGGGCACACAGAGCAACAAAAUGGAGACAUAAUACAGUCACGUAUUGCUAGAUCUACUUAUGGACUUAAUGCGCAUUCCGAUUGUGAUCCUAAACAGCCCCAAAAUGCGUUCACGUCCGAUUCCGGAAAGAAGAUGGUGAAAAACGGUUUUGAGAAGUUAAUAGAACGUGGAAAGCCCACUAAAUCGGAUGCAUCCAGAGAGUUUUCUUUGACCCCUUUCAUAUCUGUAGACAAUAUUGAAGUGCCUCUGUUUAGAUCAGCAAAAGCAAAUCCAAUGUACAUUAAUGAACCAGGUUGCGAAAACAUUGGACGGAUUGUGCUUCCGAUUUAUUUAUCAAAUAACCUCUACAAGUUCGUCGUAGAGUUUGGAGGAACGGAAAUCAUUGUUCGUGUGGUUAAUAGUGAAACAGGCAAAGAAGUGAAGAGGUUUUUGGAUUUACCUUGCUGAAUUGUUUUAAAUACUAUUUCGAGUUAUAAAGGCUCCAAAGUGUGCUACAGGGUCUACGGUGUUUUUUUGUUUGAUGGGACACCGGAUCGUGCCAAAUAACUUGCGUUAUAAUUUGCAGUCAUUAUGAAAACAUUUCAUUAAAAUGGACACUAAAUAGACAAGCUUAGAAGUUAACAAUAUACAAGGACCCUGAGACACAGUCUUCGCUCAGUAUUUCUCUUUACAAAUAAAUAUAACUGAUUAGCAACUCAUCUCUAAUUUCUAUUUUGCUUUAUUAAAAAUGACCCUAAUGAACUGGUCUAUUCUUGGUAUUUGCCCUAUUAUGUAAACUGAAGGAAGAUUAUUUAAGCUCAUAUUCUAUCUCAUUUUGUUAAUAUUGUUGUUCCCGGACCUUUUGAAAGUUCAUGAAAAAGUUUUUCUGUUUAAUAUUGCUUGCUACACGGAAGUUACCUUUUUUGAAGUUAAAAUGGUCAUUAACAAUAGUGUAAUGAAAGUAAUAAAUAUUGACAUCUUAUGUUGAAAGUGAGUCAAUUCUAUACUUACCCCGUUCCAUUUAGAGUAUGUUGACAUACGGAAGGUUGAAAAUAUCAUAAACUGACAAAGGGUUGCAUUUGUCAAAGGUACAAUUCAGAUGAACUUUUUCCAACCCGAUAAUGAAAAGCAUAUAGUGAACCUUAUUGAAGUCAAACAUACUUUAAGAUCUUAAACGUUGAAUUAUGCUUCCUUCGAUAAGUUAAAAUGAGUUUGUUUUUCCUCACCGCUGGUGUAACGUUAUAUCCAUAUUUCUUGCAUUCAUUGAUCUGCACUUUCUGCACUCACACAAUGUCAAACAUUUUGUUACUUUGCACAUCUUCCGCUGUUUUAAGGUCAGAAUCAGUCAGAAUCAGUCAUAUAUAAGGUGACUAAUCCUUUUGAAUUGUUUAUGCUUAUAUUCCAAAAGCUAUGUUAACGUUACUUUGUUAAAGAAAUAAAGCAGAGUUUUAACUGAAAAAAUAACGAUUAGAACA